GGAAGUAAACUUAAGUCACGUGAUCUUCAAUGGUUGACAAAUAGCGGAAGCAUUUUAGUGCUUUUAAAUUCUUAGUCAUUUUUACAAUGUUUGGCUAAAAUAUCGUUUAAAAAUGGUGCAGUGGCGUAGAAUUAGUUCAGGGCCAAAAUAUGGCGUCGUUAUAUACCAGUUCAACAAAAGAGGUGAAUUUCUUUUACAACUGGUCAUUGGGGACACAGUAGUUAUCAAUGAAGAAUCUGAAGAUUGGUAUAUGGGAUAUUCAACCAAAAAUAAGGCAGAAGUUGGAAUAUUUCCAAAGAACUAUGUAAUGUUGAAAGAAGCUACUAUUGUACAAUCAGGGUCUAUUGAUACGAUUACACCAAAGGAAUUGCCCAUUGUUCAGGAAAUCACAUCUGUGGUCAGGGAAUGGUAUCUGUAUUGGAAAAAUCAGUAUGUGAUAAAUGCAACAGAGUUUGUGAAGAUCCAGGAGAUGAUACAUGAUCUGUUGCGAUGGCGGAAGGAGAUUCUGUCUCGCAAGAUUACCACAGAACAGAUGAAGGACCUCAAACAGAAAGUGGCGGCUAAAAUAGACAUUGGAAAUGCAGCCCUGGGUCUGGACCUGGUUGUACGAGAUGACGAGGGGAACAUCCUCAACCCUGGCAGCGCGAGUGUUGUGCGCAUAUAUAAGGAGCAUGUGGAAGUUGCAGACAGGCUUAAAAAGGAAAUGCAAGGAGGACUGGACCUGACUAUGGAGACGAAGGAGCAGGUGGGCACGGUCUACAACCUGUAUGUCCUGCUCCACAACUUUGUCUGCCGUGUUGAUGAUACUGAGAUCCUCGUUAAUCUGUAUGAUGCCGUCAGUAACAAGUUCAUAUGUGAAAACUAUAUAAUCAAAUGGGAGAAGGAGAAGCUGGGAGACUCGGAGUUCCUCAACUCAAACAAGGUCGUCUUCACCGAUCUGGACGCCAAAGACCGAAACCUGGAAAAAGUGUUCAUUGUGUUUCAAAUCGUUAGAUAUGGGGUGAUGGAGCACAAGGACUCGGAUGACAGGAAGCAGACACGGGGCCUACGGAGACCCUUUGGAGCUGCAGCCAUGGACAUCACAGACAUCUUGCAGGUGAAGUCUACAGGCACCGUUCUCUCUGAGCUGGACGAGGAGUUUGUCCCAUUUCUGCAGUGUGGUGACAAGGAGUUUAUGGACAGCUGUGUGAAGAAGGUGGUAGCUGGUAAGGAGUUCAACCAUCGGGGUCAGGGGCUGUUUGUGUCUCUUAAACUGAUCAAGGGAGACAUGAAGCAGAUUCGAGAGGAUUUCCCCCACAUGGUACAACCAAGCACGGUGGUUGUUCGGAAAAUGGGCUUCCCCGAUGUCAUUAUGCCAGGUGAUGUACGCAAUGACAUCUAUGUUACCAUAAUGGAGGGAGAGUUCAACAGAGGGGCGAAAACUGCCGACAAAAAUGUAGAAAUUACUAUGUUCUUGUGCAAUAAGUCGGGGCAGACCCUUGAGCAAGUGAUCAACACUGGGUGUGGUAAUGCGGUGGGGACAACGGAGUACAAGACCUUGAUCUACUAUCACGAGGAUAAACCCAAGUGGUAUGAGACUGUCAAGGUUGCCGUAUCUACAGAGGCAGAGUUCAGAGGACUGCAUCUGAAAUUUCUUUUCAAACAUAAAUCUAGAAAUGAGUCAAAAGACAAGAACGAGAAGGCGUUUGCGAUGGCGUUUGUUAAGCUCCUCAACAAGAAUGGGACCACACUACAAGAUGGUGACCAUGAUUUACUCCUUUACAAGAUUGACAACAAGAAAGACGAUAAGGCUCACCACGCGUACCUCGACCUCCCCUCCACCAUACGUGAACUCGAAGCCUCAAACAUGGUUGGUUCUGGUGCUUUUGGGCCAUCAAAUACUGGUACACACAACAGACUUCCAAAGGUUCCCCUGUUCUCCGGACCGUACUCUCUCAGUUACCGAGACAGUUUCAAGAUCUCCACAUACGUCUGCUCAACUAAACUCACACACAACGAAUCCCUGCUUGGUUGCCUGAGCUGGCAGAAGUCACUCAAUGAGAAUGAUGUGGCCUCGUUGAAACGUAACCUGCAGGGCCUAAUGAGAGUGGAUGGGGAGGAGAUCGUCAAGUUUCUUCAGGAUCUGUUGGACUCAUUGUUUUACAUCCUGAUGCAGAACACCGUCUCUGACCUAUACGACAGUCUUGUGUUUGAUGCACUGGUGUACAUCAUAGGCCUUGUAGCUGACAGUCGCUACUUCCAGUUCCGGCCGAUACUCAAUGCCUACAUCCAGUCAUUCAGCAUCACCACAGCUUACAACAAGUUGAUGGUGAUUUUGAAGGAGUAUGUAGACAAUGCCAACGAGGAUACAGAGCAUGAGCCCUCGUUUCGUCAGGCCAUGAAGUCCCUAGAGUACAUUUUCAAGUUCAUCAUACGGUCACGGGAACUAUUCGCCAUGUUGAAUGAGAAUCGGGGGAAACAGCAGUUUGAGAUCAUGUUAAAACAGCUGAUUCAGUCUAUAGGAGGCAUGAUGCUGUACACCUCUGACAGGCCUGUACGCGCUCAGGGAUAUGCCUUGCGAAAUAUGCCAGCAACCAUUUCUGAUAUACUUAAAGUGUUCAAUGCAGUAGAACUCAGUCACCUGUUUGUGGAGUUCCUGGACCAUGUUCCCCCAAACCGGCUCAAGAUACAGAAAAUCAAAUGUAUAGAGGACCUUGUACAGACUCCACUAUUUUCCAUGCAGGAGUGUCGAGAGGUGAUGCUACCAAUGAUGCUGGGUCACAUUCGGGACUUAAUGGAGGCCCAGGAUGAGAUGUCGGCCUGCAUCAAGGUCCUGUCCCAUAUUAUGGACACACUCUUCACACCUAACAAACCUAUGUUCCAUGAUAAAGACGUGAACACAAUCAUGGACAUAACGCUGCGGACAGUGAUACAGACAACCAUCAAAACACAUGCUGAUAGGAGUCUGCGAGAUCAGCAAAUGAUAUCUCAGGGUGACUGUGUGGCAGUGUUGUUGAACAUCCUGAGACAGAUGACAGAGACCCACUACAACCACUACAUCACCAAGUUCACCCUGCCCACCGACCUUGAAGACUUUCUAAUGGAGAUCAUGAUGCUCUUCCAGACACUCAUACAGGAUAGUGUGUACCAGAUGGACUGGAUGGAAAUGAUCAUGCUGCAAAACAGCAUAAUACUGCGAGCACUGAGGUGUUUCUCCCACACAAUCAACGACCGCUUCUCCAAGCCAUUUAAGGAGCAGCUGUGGAACAACUUCUUCCACUGCGCCAUCGCCUUCCUCACCCAGCCACAUCUCCAGUUGGAGAACUUUUCUUCAACCAAGCGCAACAAGAUCAUUUCGCAGUAUGGUGAUAUGCGGCGAGAGAUGGGCUUUGAAAUACGAGACAUGUGGAUCAGCCUUGGUCCCAACAAGAUAGCGUUUAUCCCAGAGAUGGUCGGACCGUUGCUGGAGAUGACACUAAUUCCGGAGACAGAAAUGAGGAAGGCAACAUUACCGAUAUUCUAUGACAUGAUGAUGUGUGAAUUCAACCAUCCAGUUCGAGGAGGGGGCAUUAAAGGAAACUUCAAGGAUGUGGAGACAGAGAUGAUCAACCAGAUGGAUGCCCUGGUAGAAGGGGGACGGGGGGAUGAGCAGUAUAUGCAGCUGUUCAAAGACACGCUAUUCCAAGCAUGUAACCAGUCAGAGAAGCUACGCAAGCCUGGCCUGGAGUUUGUUGAGAUGGUCAGUAAACUGUUACAGCGACUGCUUGAGUAUCGACACAUCAUCCAAGAUGAGAUCAAGGAUCAUCGUAUGAGCUGCAUAGUCAAUCUGCUAGACUUCUACAACGAGAUAGGACGUCGGGAAAUGUAUGUGCGGUACCUCCACAAGCUGUCAGCCAUGCAUCUCGAGUGUGACAACUACACCGAGGCCGCCUACACCCUCAUGCUCUAUGCAAAUCUGCUCACUUGGAGUAAGGACCCAUUGCCAGUGAUACUGGAGUCUGAGCGAUUCCCAGACGCCCGCACACACCAGGAGCUGAAGGAGAUGUUGUACCACCACGUCAUAAACUACUUUGAGAAGGGAAAGAUGUGGGAGAUGGGUAUUGAGCUGUGUCAGGAGAUUGCCCGCAUCUACGAGAACGACCUCUUUGACUAUGAGAAACUCAGCUUCAUUCUUAGGAAGCAGGCGUCGUUGUUCGAGAACAUAAUGCGUGAGAUGAGGCCGGACCCGGAGUACUUCCGUGUAGGAUACUAUGGCAUGGGAUUCCCCUCAUUUCUGCAGAAUAAGGUGCUUAUUUACCGAGGGAAGGAGUAUGAACGAUUACAGGACUUCAGUGGCCGAAUGCAGACACUCUUCCCUAAUGCAGAGUUGAUGAAGACAUUGAAUGCUCCAUCUGAGGAACUGAAAGAAUCUCACAAACAAUACCUUCAGGUAAACGCCGUUACUCCGGUGAUGGAACUUAACCCCAAGUUCGACAAAGCUGACAUCAGUGAGAAAAUUCUCAAGUACUACCAGGUGAAUGUGGUGCGAAUGUUCACAUUCUCUCGGAGAAUAGACGAAGGAGGCAGCAAUAUUAUGAACAUAUGGCAGGAGAAGACAAACUUGAUCACUGGCUCAACGCUGCCAGGCAUUCUCUGCUGGUUUCCCGUCACUGAGACAUUUGUGUACAAGGUGAGUCCAAUAGAGACGGCAAUAGAGACCCUGACCUCAUCAAACAAGAAACUGAGCUCAGCCAUCGAACACCAGCUGUCUGAACAGAACGCCCGGGCUGACCAGCUUGGCAUGCUUUUGAAGGGCAUAGUUGAUGCUGCUGUGAAUGGGGGCAUCUCCAAUUGGAAACACUUCUACGCAGACGACUUUGCCAAGAAUGAACGGGACACUGAGUUUAAUAUACAGCUGAAGGAGGCAACUAAGCAUCAGGCUGUGUUGAUCAAGGACGGGAUGUAUGUUCACAAGCGGAAGGUGGCGGAGGUGCAGAAGCCGUUCCACGCUUACCUUGAGGAGAAAUACGUGGAGUGGAUUGACAUGAUAGAACGGGAGUAUAACAUCAAGGUAAAGGAGAAGACAUCUACAACUAGCACACUGAAGAAGUACCAUUCCAUGUCCCAGUCAGCACUGAGUCUUGACCGCCUCUCCUCCAUGUACCCAAAUAACGCGGGACACAGCAUGCGACGUUGGCAUAAGAGUGGUGUUGGAGGCAGCAUGACUAAUGUCAGUUCCUCCCCAAGUAUAGCGAUCACACCAAGCCCCAACACCAAGGCCAUGGCCUCACGUUCUCAGUCUGUAUGGUCCAAGAGCGGUGGGGCAGAAAAGAUCCUGCCGCGGAAGGGGCUCCAGUCCAAGGUCAACCGACGCGGCAAGGGCAUAUCUCAGAUCAGUAACACCAGCUCAUCCGAUUCCCUCGACUCAAACCGGAACUCAUCUGACCACCCCAUAGAGCUUAGCGAACAGGGAAUACAAAAUGGACAGGGUCCAGAGAAAAGACUGUCUCAGUUCUUCGUAGAUUUAAAGGACCAGAUCACUCCACGUCGUCCGCCGCGUCCAGAUGCGGAGAAGGAGCGACGAAACUCGCAGCAGCGGCUGUCCCAGCAGUUUUCCCAGCUGUCACACCUGCCAGGUUGUCAUGGCAAUGGCCACCCCCUCCUGCACAAAAAACCCUCCUUUGUAUCUUACACUUACACAGAGAACGGCACUGCUGGCGAGGAGGAGGAGCCACCUCCGUUACCAGACAAGCAGUCACAUGAUCAUCUGGAUGUGGGAUCCCCUGACCCCCCACCCAUCCCCUCUAGGGUCUCGGCACCACAGAGGACGCCACGCAGGUCCAGGGUGGGUUUCUUUGAUCGAUGGAAGCCACGUCUGUCCAUUUCACAUCCGUACUCCGAGCGGAGAUCUGACUCAAAUCCUGACCUUACAUCACCAAAAUUUACUUAACACUUUCAUUUAAAGUGAAUUUAAUUGCUAUUCAGGUGUAAAAAAAAGACACUGAUAUUUGCAUUAUUGUUAACAAAUAUGUUAUUUUUUAUAUCUUAUGUGUCGAACUUAAGACUUCUUAAAUAUCUAGAUUCCUUUAGAUUCGCUGUUGUUUUAUUUGUAGGAUUUUGGGAAUAGAGCAAGUUGAUGUAUGUACAAUCAAGUUUAAUCGUAAAGGUUUUCAAAAUCAGGGUCUAUCAUAUAUUCAGACUUUAUAUUCUUCUUCUGUCUGCAUACUCUGCAUGAUGUUAAUAUGCCAUUAAAAAUAUUUGAAUAUUUGAAAAAUUCAAACUUCUGUAAAAGUUUAAAAGAUUACAUGUGCUAAACGGUGGACAGGUUUCAUCAGUGUGAAAAUUGUUGUAAUGUCAUAUUUGACAGCUGAUCUGGUUUCUUCCUGCUUAUAAAUGUUUUAGCAAUUUGGCAUUUGAAAAAAAUAAUAUGUAUGCUGGCUUGUUUCAAUAUAAUUAUUCUGAUGAUAAGGAUGACUUCUUCCAUAGUAUUGUAGUUCUUGUUAUAUCAUGCAUCCAACAAAUUUAACGAUGAAUGCUUACAACUACUUCUUCCUGCCAUGUACAUUCUAUGGAGCCAUAUUUCAAUUUAUUGUCACCUGUAAAUGCUUUUAACUCUGCUCCAACAAUUUCCAUUGGAUGAGAAAAACAAACACAAUGUAUUCUGUCGAGACUGUUGGAACAAGUGGAACUUAUGAACUAACACUUAUUUUUUUUAACUAAAUUUAAAUGAUUACAUAUAUAUAUAUAUAUAUAUACAUAUUGUACGGUCAUAAUAUCGUGUCAGUUCAGUCAAAUUUCGGAUAUAAUAGAAGUUUGUGUUUGUGAAAGAAAAAGUGAAAUUAGGCUCAAUGCUCGACUACCAUCAUUUUCAUCUUUGUGCUGAUGCGAUCUUCUGUGUUCUUUAUUGCAGUCGGGGGUCAAGGCAACCCUCUCCACGGAUACGGAACCCCCACCGCCUGUUCUUCCUAUGAAACUGACACCCAGCAAAUCUUUCGAGAGUGAACAAUUGUGAUACGCCACUGUUUGCCUUUUCCUGUGCCAAUCUCUGUACAUAAGGAUGUUUGUGUAACUGUUUCUACUGAAUUCUUCAAAUUCUUGCUAUUUUGUACACAACUUAUUUUUUAUGUAUAUUUUGUAUAAUGAUUUGCAUUUUUAUAAUGUAUACUAUUUCCCACCUAGUAAUAUAUUUAUGCUGAAGCAAUUAUCAUUCCUAAUUUACUCUUGAAAUGUUUUGGUUUUCGAACUGUUUUUUUUUAUGAUUGAUUUGCAAUGUAAAGGGCAUAUUUACUGUAAUAACCCAGUUUUGUUUGUGAAUGUUGAGAGCAUUAUUUUAUAUGAUUAUAUGGAUAUACUGUUGUGGAAAUAAGCAGUGCAGACUCUUUUCUAGAAUUAUUUCUUUAUUGUAUGGUUUGGCUGGUUCAUAGUCUUUUACAUUUUCUAUUUCAUAAAAGGACGGAACUUGUUUUUAUGCAUAGAUUUGUCGUCUUAAAUGUUUUCAAGCAAUGCAAUCAUUGUUUACACAUAAACUUCCAUUUUUUGUACAUUUCUUAUUUGUUGAUAUAUUUAAUUACCAGGUGCUUUUAAUGGUAACAGUGUAAAGAAAACUUUAAGACAUGCAAAAUCCAACUUUGUACGCAUUAUGCUUAGUGUCCAAAUGUUAUUUAACGGAUGACUGGGAUCUUUUUUGUGAGGUACAUACACAUGUAUAUUUAUUGUAUACUGUUAAAGAUAAGAAACUUAAAAAAAGAUAUGUUCUAAUAAUAUGUUCUGUUAAAUUUGAAUAAUUUAUGCACCUGCUCUUGAAAUAGAAUCGAAAAGUCAAAAAUAUAUGUAACAGAAUGAUUGAUAGAACACUGUUUAAGGUACAUGCAACGACAAUGUGAUAAAUACCUCUGAUCUAGCUACCGACCAACUCUCACAUUCCACAGACUUGUGUACUCUUGUUUGCUCUAACAAACUCAUGCUGUAUCCUAGCAUGUUAUUUGCCUUCAGACAGACUUUGUCCAUUCCAUAUUCUGGUGUGAUACUUUGAAAUAGAUUCUGUAUAGAGUCUGGCAUUCAUUUUCAUUGACUGCUACUCUCAGUUGAGGUAGCAGGCAACAGUUUUAAUAUUCUAGUCAUGAACCAGAAAACUCUGUUCAUUUUUUUCUUAAAUAUUUUUCAAACCAUGUUAGAUGUUGAUGCUCUUCUUACAUGUAUAUAAUAUAUUUUCGUGGUUACCUUGAUCAGUUUAAUUAUUUUAAGUAUUUGAUGAUUUCCGUAAAUUCUGAAAACAUAAUCCAAUGGUUGGGGAUCUUAAGUUAAUUUAUUUAAAAGAAUGUGCACAGUAUGAUUAUAAAGGACACAUUUUAGAGUAGCAUUACACGUGUUCAGUCACGCUGUAUAUAACAAUGUGCUCUUGUAUCACGAAUGCCAAACAACAGUCAACCAUCAUGCCAAAGUCAAACAUAGAGCAAUACAGAAAUCACCAAUAUUGUUUAUGAAUGUUUUUCUACUGUAUUUUGUAUAUUUAGAAUGUAUAUGUACGUAUUAUAAAACCUGCAUGGUAAAAACCCCUUACAAACUGUUGUAUGUAUGUUUUCAUAUGUGCUGUUGAUCAGCUGUUGUUGUUUUUAGUGUUGGAUAAUUGAAAAAAAAAAUCAUAAUUCAUUGAACCAGAAAUAAUCGAAAGAGUAUUUCCAAAUAAAAUAUUGGUAUAACAAUACCAUUUAUUUCAACAACUGCUAUGCCUCAUAUAUAAUUAUUAAAUUGGACCAAAGUUUGAAUCACAGAAAAAUAAGUUAAAAAAGUAAAUUAUUUAUUUUACAUUCAUACCAUGAUAUUGAAUAUACGCUGUUUUCUCUCCACAACUGAUGUUUUAGUGUUUUGUUAUUUUAAAGCUAAAUGAUAAUGUUUGAAAAAUAUUGAUUAUGGAUGAUGGCAAUCUAGUGUCACCAAUGUUGGGCACCCACUGAUGAUUAUUAGAUUAUAUUCCAUCAUGUUUGAUCAUUGUGCCGUCACUAGUUGUUAUAGAUGUGUUUUGUUUAACUUGUACAUACACUAUUUGUUCAUUUGUUUAUUAAGGAUGCAUCUACAUUGAGAUUAUCUGUAAAUACUGAAGUGCAUUUUAUAUAAUUUCUUGAACAUCAUAGGUGAAACUUAUUGUGUAUUGGCUAUGAAAGAUUAUCAUCACAGUCAGAAAAGUUAAGUGCUUUGUUUUAGGAAUGAAAUAGAGUUGAGGAUAUAAGAUAACAAUGACUGUUAGUAGAAUAUUCUGAAGAUUCUAUGCAUUUUAAGCAUUAGUAGAGCUUGUUGAAACACUGACGUAACUCUGUCAUGUAACCAUAAUAUAGUUAUAACAAUUUGUAAAUGAAUAUUGUACAUGACCAUAUGAAUAUAAACAUGUGUAGAAUUUGUAGUGAAGUAUGUAACAAUUAGGGCAAUGAUGCCACUGGUCACCUGUGCACUAUGCAACCCAUCCUCAUAAAGGGCAGCACUACUUCAUAUAACAGGUGUACUACAAUGGCUUCAUUCCUCCAGACCCCAGCUCCUGUGAUACUGAAUGUUGUCUGAGUGUUGUUUUAAAGAUAGUGUAGUCUCAAGCAUUCACUGGUGCUUCCAUGUCUCUUAAUUUACCAUAUGACGGUGUCACAUGUUUUAACCAUACUCCUCAACCAAAAUAAACUAACAGGAUGGAGCUGUUUUAAACUUGGAUCAAGAUGUGUUGACUGCAUCAUUCUGUUCACUUUCUUCUAGGGUGUAGACACUGCAUCCUAGAACACGGGGUUACAUGGUAUCCAUGAAUCAAAAAUGUGCUUCACAGCCUUCAAUAACAUUCAAAUGUCAGAAAUAUAUAUUUUUACAGAAUACAUGCAAAGCAUGCUUGGUUAAUUAUACUUGAUGUAGGAUUAAACAUGGGGAAGAAUAAAGCUUGAUGUAGGAUUAAACAUGGGGAAGAAUAAAGCUUGAUGUAGGAUUAAACAUGGGGAAGGAUAAAGCUUGAUGUAGGAUUAAACAUGGGGAAGAAUAAAGCUUGAUGUAGGAUUAAACAUGGGGAAGGAUAAAGCUUGAUGUAGGAUUAAACAUGGGGAAGGAUAAAGCUUGAUGUAGGAUUAAACAUGGGGAAGGAUAAAGCUUGAUGUAGGAUUAAACAUGGGGAAGGAUAAAGCUUGAUGUAGGAUUAAUCUUGAAGCAAGACUAAACUUUGUGUAGGAUUAUGUUUGAUUAAACUUUAUAUAAGAUUAAGCCUGGCUGGGGAAAUGCUUGAUUCAGAUUUAAGCUUGAUGCGAGAUUUAGCUUGAUGCAAGGUAGAACUUGGUGCCCUGGUGUAGGAUUAUGCUUGAAACCAGAUUAAGCUUGGUGUAGCAUCACAGUUGAAUUAGAAUUAACCUUGAUAUAGGAUUUAAGCUUUGUACAGUUAUUAUACUCGAUGCAGGUAAAGGGUUUAUGCAGGAUUAAGUUUGGUGUAGGAUUUUGCUUGACUCAAGUUAACUCUAAUGUAAGAUUAAGCUGGGUACAGUAUUAUGCUUGAUGCCUUUGCCAUGUUAGUCAUACCUGAAAUACUAACUACCUUUAUAUUUUUGUUUUUGAUAGGUACCCUCAGUUAUCGUAGGCCAAACUACUGUCCGUCCGAACCAUUACUAUGUAACUACUGGACAGAAAAAAUGAAUCUCAAGUGAAGUGUUCAUAAACAUAAUACACUGGUGCAUAGAUCUGGUCAGUAAGUUAAUGCAAGAGUUAUUGCAGUUUAAUUAGUUAAAAAAAAAGCCCAUACAUGUUCAUCCGGAGCUAUUACUAUGACAAGUAUGAACAGAUAUACAUGAAACUUGUAUUAAAAUGUGUAUAACCAUAGUGUGAUGAAGUAUCAUAUGAAUGUGAACACAAGAGUUAUCGCCCUUUUUUUUUUGGACUGAUAUUUAUAUUUAUAUAUUAUAUUGUAUAUGUAUAUACCCCUAAUUCACAAAAAUAAUUGAAAAUUGCAAGAUAUGUGUGUUCAACGGUAUUGCCGUGGUGCAUGUUUUGAAUUGAUUGGAUCAGUACCAGCAUAGUUAUUGCCCUUUAUUGCCCUUUAAUAGUGAAAUGAAUACACUUGUUAAUAAUUCUAUAAUUAAAAUACUUAUUUUCUUUUGAAGCUGUUUUGGCUGAAUAUAACUGUAUGAAGCAAGUACAAAUUAAUAUCAUGAAGAAAUUCUGGUUCUUUUCGCAAGUUUUUUCCAAAUCAUAUUUAUAAAAAAAAAAUUUGAUUAAUUACUCAUUGUGGAGUUUGCUUAAUGGGAGUUUUGAAAUAUUUGUUUAAUUGACAAUGAAUCCUUCAGCGGUGAAUAUCAAUUCCUAUUUGCUUGUUGCCUUUUGUUUUUCUCUGUUAAUAUAGGAGUAGAGUUUUCUCUUUCGGCAUGGUUGUCUGUCUGUUGGUUCUCAGUCAGUCUCUGUCCGUCCGUCAGUCAGAAGAUCUUGUGUCAUGUGUAUCUCCAAAAGUAUAUUACUGUGAGGAAUGAAACUUUACUGUAAUGUCAGCAGCAUAUGAAGUUGUGCACCAAAGGUUUUGUUUGUGCUGAACUCCUGGUACAGCAGUUAUGGGACAUUACUUAGUCAAAAUUAUCCGAAGGUAUUUGAGACAUAGCCAUAAAAGUUUACAUGAUUGUUCAUCAGCGUUUGAAGUAAUGCAUCUGGGGUUCUGAUUUUGGGCAACAGCAGAGAGUUAUUGGCCUUGAUUUAGUCAAAAUUAUUGCAGAGCUGUGCAAAUAUUGAUUAAAUCAUUUCAGUUAUUUAUUGUGAGGAAAUUGUUUUAAUUAUUUAUGCUUAUAGGUUAUGCAGUUUCAAUUACAGCAUGUGCUUGAUGACUAAAGCCAGAUGGAAUUCUGUGACAACAAAAAAUGUCUAGUUUUGUUUGUAUCUAUUACUGUAUUUGUACAUUUCUGUUUUUAUCUCUUUUUUAUCUGUAUGAGAUACUUUAUAUUCUUAUGAUUUACAUUUGAUAAAAAUAAGCUAUAAAAUUAUGCAAAUUGAAA